GACCAAGAUAUUAUUCCGGGAAAAGCAAAUGAAAACAUCGGAUGUGUGGUAACGAAAGGAGGGAAAACCUACUCAAUUAAAUCGGGUUAUGAAGUACUGAUGGGACACGACUACGAUUGGGUUGAAAGGCAUGGCGGCGAUGCUGUACCCAAUCGGGCCUUCGUUGCCGGUCAUGACUUGAACUCAAACCCCAUAUUUGUGGGCAAAUGUGACCUACAUUUCGGUCAAAAUGAGACUCAAGUGGUCGGCAAAGUUGACCACAAGUUUUACUACGGAUGGGGAGAUGUUGAGCGCUCAGACUGUCUCAACCAUAUGGUUAUGACGUCGGACAUGUCAUCGCAAAACACAUCCAACGCGUCCAAUAGGGAUGAGUUGGCGGAGAUGGACAACGACUCGGACGCCAUGAUGGAGGGGUCGGAGCGUCGGAAACGGGUGUUUGGGAAGGAGUUGCGGUGUAUGAUGUAUGGCUUCGGUGAUGACCACAACCCCUUCACUGAGUCCGUCGAUAUGCUCGAAGACCUCGUCAUCCAGUUUGUCGCUGACAUCUCGUUGAAGGCUCAGGAAGUCGGCAAAAACGGCAAGAUAUCCGUCGAAGACGUCCUCCAUUGCGUCAAACGGGAUGAACGCAAGUACUCCAGAGUUAGGGAUCUCUUGUCGAUGAAUGAAGAGCUGAAGAAAGCGAGGAAAGCCUUCGACGAGAUU